UUCUCCGUUAAUGCAACAAAAUUCAAACAUUUUCCUCUUGGUUUGGUUUUCUUUCUGCCACAAAACGGCUUGGACUUUAACCAAAGCUCGAACUGUGUAGUUUGGGCUCUGUUUCGCCUUUUAUUGAAUUCCUAAAGCUUUCUACAACAUGCUGAGUGUGUCUACAGGAACCGGAUCCCACAGCAGCUAGUGUAGACGCUCGCCGCCUCAUUGGCACAUGUCCCGCCGGGGUGGAGCGUAAUAGGGUUGCCUCUCGCUUUACAGUGUUUUCUCAGCCUCACCACAGUGCAGUUGGGGCGGCCGUCGGGACGGGAGCGUUCCACACGAACCGGUGAAUGAAUUGGUGGCUUUUCGGUGGAUGUUGUUUUGAGGCUACAGGAUCAGGACGCAGCCAGAAUCCUGAAUUUAUCUGUGCGCAAUUUCCAGGGAAAGGAUCUGAUUGGAGUGAGGACUGAACCACCAGCAGAGGACACAGAGGGAUUUAAGGCUGGUAAAGGUUUGUUGUUACCGUUGUCCAGCGCUGGCGCCUUCCACACCGCCCUGAAGGUGUUUUAACUGUGAAGCUGCCUCGUCGCCAAAUAGAUGCGAGUGCGUGAGGAGAAUACUAACGAAGGGCGCGCUGCUUCCUGCCGAGGCGCACCCGCCCCUCGCUGUUGCCGAGGGCCACAGCAGGGCCGAUCAGUCACCCAGAGCACAGUCGGGAACACAGGAAUGUUACACCCUCAGCCCAGGAGUUAAUGAGCAGGAUCUGAGCGCCAGAGACGUUUUAUCUCCAGAACUGGGGGGUGGAUAAAACCCCCAGCAGUUGUGUGGGGGACGACGCCAAAAUGGGCAACAGCUUCUCCAACAUCUCUGCCUUCCAGUCUCUUCAUAUCGUCAUGCUGGGUUUGGACUCUGCUGGGAAAACUACAGUUCUUUACAGGCUCAAGUUUAACGAAUUUGUCAACACGGUUCCUACUAUUGGGUUCAACACUGAGAAGAUCAAGCUGAGUAACGGCACCGCGAAGGGCAUCAGCUGUCACUUCUGGGAUGUGGGAGGCCAGGAGAAGCUGCGGCCCCUGUGGAAGUCCUACAGCCGGUGCACUGAUGGGAUCAUUUAUGUUGUGGACUCGGUGGAUGUUGACAGGCUGGAGGAGGCCAGGACUGAACUGCACAAAGUCACUAAGUUUGCGGAGAACCAGGGCACGCCGCUGCUGGUCAUCGCCAACAAGCAGGACCUGCCCAAGUCUCUCCCAGUGGCGGAUAUUGAGAAACAGUUGGCUCUACAGGAACUCACCCCCGCCACAACCUAUCACAUCCAGCCUGCGUGUGCUAUCAUAGGCGAGGGGCUUCACGAGGGUAUGGACAAACUAUAUGAAAUGAUAGUGAAGAGGAGGAAAUCCCUGAAGCAGAAGAAGAAGCGGUAACAGCCAGUUUGGGUCUUACUUACUGUAAGGAGUUCAGGUUCUGCCAGUGCUGCUCCACGCAGGUCGACUUUACAGUGAUUUACAUCCUGUUUGGAUUAAAGCUGUCUGAUGCCAUGAAGCCCUUCUGAAUGAGGAGGUUGUCACUGUGGCUGAAGGAUAUAACAUAAAAAGUUGAACCAAAAAAGACAAACUUGAAAUGCUGCUUCAGAGCACCAAGGAAGGGAAACAGGCUGGCCUGUUUGUCUGCUGCUUUAUUGUGGACUUGGAUGACCUGUACUGUAGCUCACUGGAGACUUUUCUGGACUUUUAUUUCUAUCAAGGAGGUUUACUGUGGAAACAAGUUGAGUUUUGCACCUGGCUCUGACCUCCUGCUUGGCUUUGGAAAACAGAUGGCUGUCAGGCUAUUUCUUGGAGCAUUGAAGUAACCUUCCCCCUGUGUGGUGGGCUGAGAGAACGUCCACUGUUUUGCACUUUCCAUUGCCCAACAAACAGAACUACACUGUAUAAACAGACGAGCAGAUCCAGGUGGUUUAUGUACUAAGAAGCCAAACCCUAAGUCAUUUUUGAAUAUUAAAGAUUUAAUCCUUGA